GCUCAAUGUAGAACUGAGCAGCUUCGGCGAUGAACGGUAUCAUAUCUAACCGGUUGUGUAGUCAAGUGGAACUGUAUACAGCUCUUGUUAUAGUUGGAGUAUAAAGUACUCAGGAGGACGAAAAAAAAAAUCUCUUUCGAUCAAGUUCGGUCCCUACUGCCGAGAACUACCAGUCAUUUGUUGACCUGCUAUAGCUGGCAGAUCAACUUGAAAAGGAAGCAAGUGAUAUAGUGUGAACACCAAUUAGUCGACAAAAACCUGCCCUGAGGUAAACAUGAGCAACAGCAACGGCAUCGGUGGCAACAACAACAGCUUUGGCGGUGCCUGCGGCGCCAGCAGCAGCAGUAAAAAUUAUAAGAAGAAUUCGGUGACCUUCAGUGAGCAAGUCGACAUCGAUUCUGACGAUAGAUCUGCAUUCAAAGAUAAGCAACAGCAUCUUGUCGCACCCCAGACAGAUGGAGAAUCAAGUCAGUUGAUCCCGAAAGCUGCCACCAUUGCCACGAUGCCUGUUAAGUAUUCCCACCAUGGAUCGGCAACAAUCCUAGACCAGAUUCCUGAGAACACACAACCUACGGCGAAGACUACAUCAACAACACACACCAACGGAUCCACACCACGAAGGCCUUCGAUAGUUAUGCAGGACAUCCUAUCUACACACAGGCCAUCAGCAAUUAUGUCUGCCCUGCGAAGAGGUUCGCUGGCUUGGCUACCUGGUAAAAGCAAAAGUACACACCAUGGACCAGACGCUGAGUCCAACAUGGGUAGCAAGGCAUCACUCAGCCAGAUUCCUCAUGGGGUUGGCGCCCACAGUGAACUUGCCAUUGAGUCUCGACGAAAGAAUCGACGAAUUGGAGAUGACGCUUUGAGUACAGCUCUUUCAGCGCUAUACGCUAAGGUUAUUGUAAUUCUUGGGAUUGCACUGCCCGUAACGGAGAUUUUGUCCUCUCAGAUACCAGCGGACGUUUAUCAAGGGUUCUACUUGUAUCUCUACACAGUAAGCAUUAUGUUUGUGAUUUUCGUGUACGCAUCAAACAUGCGACGAAGGGCGGUCAUGACCUUGAUCAAGAGCUAUCAUGAGAAAACCAAUGCCUACCCGACCAAGAAACGUGUCCCUCACUUUGGCAGUUUCUAUUUGCGGGUUGGAGCGAUUGCCUUCGGCAUAGGGACAAUGGUCUAUUCAGGACUUGAAUUUGGGCAAUACUUUGAACUACAUGCGUCUCCAGGCUGCUCAAGCAUCUACAUAGCUCUUACACCGGUUGCUCGGAUGAUCCUGUCCAUUGUACAGAUGCAGUUUAUCUUUCUGAACACGACGGAGUUGGAUAUGGCCCGCCACAAGGUGUUCGCCCGCUUUGGCCUCAUGCACAUGAUAGCAACGAAUCUCUGCGAGUGGUUGUACAUCUUGGUAGAGGAAACAAAGCACGAAAUUCACCAUCUAUCUCACACGCUCCAUCACAAUAGCAUCGUGUCAGUGACCAUCAACACGACAACUUCAACGAUAGCGUCCGCGACGAGCGACGACAGCAGUGAGGAAAAUACAAACUUUAUACUAGAUGCAGCCUUCCAGAAUCGCUCCAGGCGAGCUUCCACUAGCGAUGCUACCGAAUACAUCGACUGUCAACGGACUAACAUUAUGGGAACUCUGGUGCAGAACGCUUCUCCAUUCCUGUUUCCCUGUACCAUCGAAUACUCGCUUAUUUGCGCUGUGAUUCUUUACGAAAUGUGGAAAAAGGUUAAAACUAUAGCCGAAAUUGAUCGAACUCGAAGAACUUCCCAGAAGGUUAACACUGCAGUUAAUACAAAAAGUGCUCAUCACUUCUCAGUAGACUGUUCACGAGCUCAUCGCGGAAUGUUUGGCGGAAUCAUCAUCACCGUUCUAACCAUUAUCUGUCUGAUUAUGUACUUUGUACUACACGACGAACCUGGUUAUGAGUAUUUCGCCCUUCAAGAGGUCACCAUAGCCGAAACUAUAUUGUAUGCGAUUACGGCAGCCGGUGUAGCCCUGGCUAUGCUAAAAAUGCGAGACAUCAAGUACUGCAAGAAACACAACGACAAACAUGCAAGCUCCGUGAGUCUUGAUUGUACACUGCUGGUCCUGGCACAGACUGGGGUCUACGUCUACGGUAUGUUCAGCAUUGUCGGUAGCUACUUCUCGAUAAAGCAGGGCAUCUACGGUGCUCGAGAAGGACUGAUCGCGGAAGUAUUCAGUCUGGUGCAAACCUCCAUGCAAACACUGUUCAUUCUCAAUGCAGUUUGGCGAAAGUGUCGCGGUGCUCAACAGAAUCGAACAAAGCCAGGAAGAGAGAUAGUCACUUUCCUGCUAGUGGCCAAUAUGGCCAUGUGGUUCAUCAAUACCCUGGUUAAGGGAAGGGCUAGUUUCAGGCCAACUCAUUUGGACUUUUUCGGGACCUGGGCAUGGACGGUGAUUACACACGUGUCGAUGCCGUUAGCAAUCUUUUAUCGGUUCCAUUCGACCAUUUGUCUUUUCGAGAUAUGGAAAUCCACAUACAAAGUAAAAAGUGGUGAACAUCAUUAGAGUAUGAUUUUUGCGAAGUAUUAUAGUCUUUAAAUGUGAUAAGUAUUGAACAUUUUCGUGAGACAAACCAGUGAUAUGUGUGUAGACGAGAUUAUUUUAUUUAUUAAAGCGAUAAAUAU